CUAUUCAACGCAUGUUCAUUCUUUAUUGUGUCGACGGACUCUGUUCGCUAUGCUCAAAUUCCUGCUGUGAUCGAUUGAACACACUCGUAUCCCGCAAGCAACCCAGCUAUCAUUCAGCAGCGUACGAGAUUCUAUAGCUCCUCUGACUUGUGGCCUAGUGGGCCAGAAGUCUCAUUCAAUUACAACGAAGGAUUAUCUGCCCAAGGUUAUCCUUGCCUGAUUAAAACUGAUAACUAGUUCUUAUAACUUUGUCCUAAUCCGAGCAGUUCAACCACUGUUGCGUUGACUUUGCCACGAGACAGCUCAGUCCCCUCCUCUCGGUCUGAAGAGUUGAACGAAAUCUUCGUUUCAGUAGGAGAGACCUCCAUAACAACAUCAAUCGCCAAAUAUGUCCACAGGAACCAGUGUGUCUAUGCCAAUCAGGGAUGAUGGAGGAUCCCCAACUCCCACCUUUGUGAAGCAUUCAACGACAAAUCCCGCACCUGUACAUCCAUUUAUCGACACUUCGAUUCCAUCCAUAAAUUCCGGCGCACCAGUUGAAUUGGACAGCACUCCAGUCUCUCCCGUUGCUCGGAAGGAAAGCUGGAAAGUGCAUUCCACAGGCACGGCAGCGUCCUCCAACUGCGACACAAAAGGGCACGAAGAUUUGAAUGAGACGCUGGGCAGGGAUGAGAGUAUAAAACAGAGGCGAGAACAAUUGCUGCGAGAGCGGCAGAAAGACCCAGGUGUUCUAGUCGAUAUUCCGGGCACUCCUGGUCCUGAGGAAUACGGAAUCGCACAAGCAGGAUUUCGAGAGGUUGUUGCACGACGAUCCUCCGUAACUGGUGUAACUCCGAAAGAAGUAGCAGCGAUGGCAGAAGAAGAUGCCAAGUCAUAAGUUAGCAAGCAGCAAUGUUUUCGAGGCCUUUCAAAUGCACUAUCUAAAUGGAAAAAUCGCGAUUCGAGCACAUUCUUAGUGCGCUGGCUCUCAAGUUGAGGGUUGAAUGAGGUCUUAUUCGGGUAAGUUAACCAGUUAAUUUGUGGCUCACUAAUGCGCAUCCUCUCUCUGCUGGACUCUGAGACACUGCACUUUGCGCUUCCGCCUUAUAGCUUGAGCAUCUAUCGACAACAGACUAGAUCGUCCUAUCUUGGCAAAACUCUUUUCAAAUCGAUUCAAGAAGGUUAUGAAUUUGUGACGUUGAACUACGAGUGGACACGGAGAAGGUCAUUUUCACACCGUUUUCUGUUUGUGGACGUAUACACAAGACUCUGGGACGAGUUCUGCGUAAGCUAUAUGCUCGUUACUCUCUCAUGACAGUUUUAGCGUUCUUGUAUGUUCAGACGAAUAACUGAAAAUAAAAUAAAUUCGACUGUUGUAGCUAAUCUUUCUCAUAUGAGCUAAUUCUGUUGGCCCCAAGCUCCAUCAGAACGCCAAUUACUUUACUUAAGAUGUGCUAUCAUUUCAUUGUUUGUAUAAAGAUGCACAGUUCAAAUUGAU